AUGGAAUCAAGGAAAUUUGAAUUAAAAUCUAAUUAUUUAGAUCUUACUUCGGAAUUGUUACAAGAUUUAUUUAAUUUAUACACCAAUGAUAAUCAGAUAUUUACCUAUGUUUUUAAACGAGAGGAAUUGGAGAAGGAGAGUACUCCAUUGGAGAGGAAGGUUUCAUACAGAGUUACCAUCUCAAACCCAACCAAACAAAAUCCCAUUCCGAGUAUUGUAUAUUAUAUUAGAGUGAUUUUCAGAGCUCCCUCAUCCAAAGUAUUGAAACACCUUGAAACAUUACCAUUCGUUCAACAUGUUCAAUUCUUUGUCGAGCACCGAAAGGAACCCUUUGAAUUGGCCCUCAAUAUUGAGGAAGGUUUAAUGAGCACCCCUAGAGAAACCAUCAAGCAGGAAUUUGAUUUCAUUGCCCUCAUUAAUCAAUUCAUGGGCAGAGAAAUAAAUCCCAAAAUGUAA